GUUGUUUGUUGAUUCUCAGAUUAUCAGUCAACCGUGAGAAGAUCCGCUCUUUUUCUUUGUGUGGAAGCUUUCCGCGGCGAGGCUUCCACCAUGUUACAGCUGAGGACUCAAGCUAUCAGAGCAUUGAUGAAACGAUGGAACAUUCCACAUGUCAGCAUUGACUCUUUUCCUCAUGCUCUCGUUCCCAACGCUGGUGAUGAGGCUAGAAGCAGCAACCACUCUAACAUUCAGGAAAAACUCGUUACUACUAAACCGCAAAGUGCUGGUGAUGAAGCUAGAAGAAGCAGCCACUCUAACAUUCAGGAAAAACUCGUUACUACUAAACCGCAAAGUGCUGGUGAUGAAGCUAGAAGAAGCAGCCACUCUAACAUUCAGGAAAAACUCGUUACUACUAAACCGCAAAGUGCUGGUGAUGAAGCUAGAAGAAGCAGCCACUCUAACAUUCAGGAAAAACUCGUUACUACUAAACCGCAAAGUGCUGGUGAUGAAGCUAGAAGAAGCAGCCACUCUAACAUUCAGGAAAAACUCGUUACUACUAAACCGCAAAGUGCUGGUGAUGAAGCUAGAAGAAGCAGCCACUCUAACAUUCAGGAAAAACUCGUUACUACUAAACCGCAAAGUGCUGGUGAUGAAGCUAGAAGAAGCAGCCACUCUAACAUUCAGGAAAAACUCGUUACUACUAAACCGCAAAGUGCUGGUGAUGAAAACGUAGAUAGAAGAAGCAGCCACUCUAACAUUCCUUCUCAGCAUAACUUUGAGGCAGACCUCGUUCCUCCUACACAACAAAGAGUAAGAAAACUAGCUGAGAGAUUCUCUACCAUUGAGAAGCAGCCCUUCUCAUGCAUGUGUGGUCAAAAAUUCUAUGCAAAAAGCAAUCUACCAACUCACAAAAAGAAGUGUCUUGCAAGUAAAGAGGAGGUUGAUGAGGAGGAAGAUCUAGCAUGGGCACAGAAAAAGAGAAGAAGUGGUGGCUACUAGACAGAAGUGGAAAUAGAGUGUUACCAUUUAUCUCGACCAAUUCCUAGCCUUCAUGUAUACUAGCACUAUCUGCGGGACUACCUUCUAUGCAAGACAUAACAACCUAUCUACUUCAUGCUUGUCAAAAAAAAUAUGAAUAUUAAGAAAGCUUCUUUGGUCUCAUCAAGAUGUGUUUGUCACUAACCAAGUGACCUGUUCUUGGUUCUGAGUUUAUGAAAAGACCAACACCUUGCAGAUUUCAAUCACU